CUUGAUCGACUUUACAGUAAUCCACGUCUCUCCUCAUUCUCUCUUAAAAUACACAUCGCUGCCUUCUUUUCCUCUUCUGGUUGUCUUUUUAGCUUUCUCGCCGAGAGACAUUUCUCCAUCAUUAUAGGCAAACGUACGUACAGAGAAUAAUGGAUGGAAAUGGACAGUUAUCAGUUCCUCCAGGUUUCCGAUUCCAUCCAACAGAUGAGGAACUGGUGUACUAUUAUCUGAGGAAGAAAGUCUCAUAUGAAGCCAUCGACUUGGAUGUUAUUAGGGAGGUGGAUCUCAACAAACUCGAGCCUUGGGACCUCAAAGAGAAGUGCAGAAUUGGAUCGGGUCCUCAAAACGAAUGGUAUUUCUUCAGCCACAAGGACAAGAAAUACCCAACAGGAACUCGAACAAAUAGGGCUACUACAGCUGGGUUUUGGAAAGCAACGGGAAGAGACAAGGCCAUUCAUCUCACCAACUCUAAGAGAAUUGGCAUGAGAAAAACCCUAGUUUUCUAUACGGGACGUGCACCUCAUGGCCAAAAGACCGAUUGGAUCAUGCACGAGUAUCGCUUGGUUGAUCACAACUCUGAGGUUCAGGAAGAUGGGUGGGUGGUGUGCAGGGUUUUUAGGAAGAAGAAUCACCAUACAUGUUUCCAAGUAGGUGGAGAAGAAGAAUAUUUCACUCAUAAUACGAAAGCUACAGGUUCUUCUUCAGCUCCUCUGGAACCUAAACAAAGUCAUCUGCAACCACCACAUGACUAUACAUUUGAUGCUUCCAUGCAUCUUCCACAGUUGUUCAGUCCGGAAUCAGCUCUUGCCCCAUCCUUUGUUUCACCAAUCUCUUUGAACGCCAUGGAUCCUGACUUCUCCCAAAGCCUGUUAAGGCUAACAUCAACCACUUCUUCUGCUGGACUCAUGCAACAAGACAUCAGGUUGAAUGGUGAUUGGUCAUUUCUAGACAAACUUCUUGCUUCUCAUCAACCGGGUUCUUCAACUACUCAUCAGAAAUUCCCAUUUCAAUAUCUUGGCUGUGAGACUGACAUUUUUAAAUUUUCCAAGUAGAGUUCACCAAGUAUAACAUUUUCAUGUUCAAUAUGCAUGGAUUAUUUUUAUCAUAUAUAUUAAGCUGUGGAACACCCAGUGGUGGGCUUGUAUUAACUAACUACUUUGACUGAUUUCUGAGUUUGCUUUUUUCAGAAUCAAACUGCAUAUACAUAAUUUCACCCUUAUA